CGACAGGGAGGGGCGGGGCGGACGCGGAUCCGCGGUUAGUCUGGCGCAGCGGUCGCGAGCGCGUUAGGCGACCUGUCCUGUGUCGCGCGCAGGUAGGCAGCAGCAGUAGCGGUAUCCGCCCUGUGAGGAAGCCAUGAAGCAGUAUGAGGUGGAGAUUCUGGAUGCAAAGACGAGGGAGAAGCUGUGUUUCCUAGACAAGGUGGAGCCCCAGGCCACCAUUGCGGAGAUCAAGAACCUCUUCACCAAGUCCCAUCCGCAGUGGUACCCUGCCCGCCAGUCCCUCCGCCUGGACCCCAAGGGCAAGUCCCUGAAGGACGAGGAUGUUCUGCAGAAGCUGCCCGUGGGCACCACGGCCACAUUCUACUUCCGGGACCUGGGGGCCCAGAUCAGCUGGGUCACGGUCUUCCUGACAGAGUACGCGGGGCCCCUUUUCAUCUACCUGCUCUUCUACUUCCGGGUGCCCUUCAUCUACGGCCACAAAUACGACUUCACGUCCAGUCGGCACACGGUGGUGCACCUCGCCUGCAUCUGCCACUCAUUCCACUACGUCAAGCGCCUGCUGGAGACGCUCUUCGUGCACCGCUUCUCGCACGGCACCAUGCCUCUGCGCAACAUCUUCAAGAACUGCACCUACUACUGGGGCUUCGCCGCGUGGAUGGCCUAUUACAUCAACCACCCACUCUACACGCCCCCCUCCUACGGAGCCCAGCAGGUUAAACUGGCACUGGCUAUCUUUGUGAUCUGCCAGCUGGGCAACUUCUCCAUCCACAUGGCCCUGCGGGAUCUGCGGCCAGCUGGGUCCAAGACCCGGAAGAUCCCGUACCCCACCAAGAACCCCUUCACGUGGCUCUUCCUGCUGGUGUCCUGCCCCAACUACACCUACGAGGUGGGGUCCUGGAUCGGCUUUGCCAUCAUGACACAGUGUCUCCCAGUGGCGCUUUUCUCCCUGGUGGGCUUCACCCAGAUGACCAUCUGGGCCAAGGGCAAGCACCGCAGCUACCUGAAGGAGUUCCGUGACUACCCACCCCUGCGCAUGCCCAUCAUCCCCUUCCUGCUCUGAGCCGCUCAGCCAAAGCCCGGCUGUCGCCCCCCAUCCCAGUGUCAUUCUGGGGGAGGACAGGGGGCCACAGCUCUCCAGCACCUGGAAUAAAACCUGCCUGUCCCUGUCGGA